GGACGGGCUUGGCGACGCUGGCGGGGCGUCGUCGGCUUUGCUCUUUGCUGUGUGGGAGUCUGAGGACGGGGCCAAGGGGUGCCCCGGACCGGCAGCCCAGGGUGUUUGUGACGCUGCGUCCUCCUCGCGACCCCCGCCACUAGCACCGUCGGGUGGUCCGGAGGCUCCAGCAGGGUGGUCGGGAGGAUCGUUCCUCGCGGCUCCAUAGUGUGCGCCCCCUUCCCCAUCCCAGGCACCCCAUGCCCGAGACUCGGGAAGGGGUUCUGUUGAGGGCUUUGCGCCUCACAAGUUCUCCCCGGAUUGGUUGCUAGCGAGGCGGACACCCAGGCCACAUAGCCUGCGAGUAGUGUUUGCCCGGUGAAGUGAUCAGCGUGGGCGUGUGUGCCAGGGCCUGCAAGACCCAUGCAGGUUAACGCGAGAGUGACAAGGAGUAAGAAGUUAAGAACGUGAGUUUUGAUGGUUUUCCUGGCCACCGGCGCCAAGCUGCCUUGAGAGUGCUACUGAACUGUAGGACUGCAUGGCGUUCAGUAUGUUACGAAGUAUUUCAGCAUCUGUUUGGUUUGCUGUGCGUGGACGCAUGCUACAAGUUUCUAAAGGACCCGGUGAAGCCAUUGCUACUUAGGACAUAACGUGGUUGUGAAAGUCACACGUGAUAAACACAGUGUUUACCCAAGAGCCAGUUCAUGGAAAUUGUGUUCAGCAGUUGGCCUGCUUUGUACUGGGCGCCCGGAAUUCACUAGUGAACAAAACUUACCCUAUUUCUAUCGAAUGAAGACCCACUUUAAGGAUUUAUUUGUACUUAAUUACAGUGGCUCCAAAAACAUUCUUAGGUCUGCUGGGUAAGACUUGAACCAGUGCAUUCCUGGGCGGGGCAAGAGCAGAUCAGCCCCAAAUAGAUGUUUUCCCUAUGUUGAGUUGAAACCCUAUGAAUAGUCAUAGUCUUGUGGUAGUAGCAGCCACUAGAAUGGCCGCUGCCUAUUUGCUAGGCAUUUUGCCAAGUCGUUGUAAAUAUGUGUACCUCCUGCAGAGGAGGUACAUGUCUCCUCAAUGUUUCUGAGCGGUAGUCGGGUAGCUUGUUCAAGGUUACCCUCCUAGUAGGGGGUGGGGUUCGGAUUUUCGUCCUGGACCGAUUUGGAAGCCUAAUCUUAACAUUGACGCUGUGCCAACUACCACAUCCGUCAUUGGAUGUCUGUCUUACAGGGUCGCCGAAGGAUUAGCCUGCCCCCAUCAUGUCUUGGCUUGUGGACUUGGCGGGAAGAGCAGAGGACCUCUUAAACCGAGUUGAUCAAGGGGCAGCCACAGCUCUCCGCAAAGAGAACCCCAGCAGCAGCAGGCUCGCAGAUGGUGCCGAUGUCGGCUAUCCCGAACCUCAACAGCAAAAUGCAGAUUUGACCUACCAGACUGGAUCCAAAGCCGCUUACAUCUCCUCCGCGGCCGAGAACAUUCGAAAUCAGAAAGCCACCAUCUUAGCUGGCACCGCCAAUGUGAAAGUGGACUCCCGGACCCCUGCCGAGGCCUCCCGACCUGCCGAGAGUGCCUCGGUCCCCAGACCUUCUUCCCAGUUUGUGCGACGGAAGAAGUCGGAGCCCGAUGAUGAGCUGCUGUUUGAUUUUCUUAAUAGUUCGCAGAAGGAGCCCAUGGGGAAGGCGGAGACCAAGAAGGAGAGGAGCAGGACGUCUGUCCUGACUACUCCUUGGACCACGGGCCUCAGUUCCCGCAAGGCCAGCGGGACCGUCAGAACCAGCGAGGAGAAUGCUGAGAGCCACAGCCAUGAAGCCACCAGUAGCCCAGACUCUGCUCCGGAAGAAUCAGAGGCCUCUUCCAAGGAAAGUGUAUCAAACUCCACCAGCACCGAGCACAGCUCAUCUCCUGCCGAUGACAGCAAAGCCCAUGAGCUGUCUAACCUGCGCCUGGAGAACCAGCUGCUGAGGAACGAGGUGCAGUCUUUAAAUCAAGAAAUGGCUUCGUUGCUUCAGCAAUCCAAGGAGACUCAAGAAGAACUAAACAAAGCAAGAGUGAGGAUUGAAAAGUGGAAUGUUGACCAUUCAAAGAGUGACCGAAUGACGCGUGAGCUCCGCGCCCAAGUGGAUGACCUGACCGAAGCCCUGGCUGCCAAGGAUUCCCAGCUGGCCGUGCUCAAGGUGCGGCUCCAGGAGGCCGACCAGCUGCUGAGGUCCCACACGGAGGCGUUGGAAGCCUUGCAGAGCGAGAAGUCACGAAUAAUGCAGGAUCACAACGAAGGCAGCAGCCUGCAGAACCAAGCUCUGCAGACCCUGCAGGAGAGACUGCACGAAGCUGAUGCCGCCUUGAAGAGAGAGCAGGAGAACUAUAAGCAAAUGCAGAGUGAGUUUGCUGCACGUCUUCAUAAAGUGGAAGUGGAGCGUCAGGGUUUGGCAGAAGCAGUAACCGUGGCGGAAAGAAGGUGCUCGGAAGAGAAGAAGCGAGGCGAUGAGCUGCAGCAACAGGUCAAGCUGCACAAGGCCAACCUGGAGUCCUCGAAGCAGGAGCUGAUUGACUAUAAGCAGAAAGCCACGCGGAUCCUCCAGUCUAAAGAAAAACUGAUCAACAGCUUAAAGGAAGGCUCUGGCUUUGAAGGUGUGGACAGCAGUACUGCCAGCAGCAUGGAGCUGGAGGAGCUUCGGCAUGAGAAGGACAUGCAGAGGGAGGAGAUCCAGAGGCUGAUGGGCCAGAUCCAGCAGCUCCGCUCUGAGUUACAGGACGCGGAGGCCCAGCAGGUGAGUGAAGCUGAAUCGGCGAGGGAGCAGUUACAAGAUCUGCAAGAGCAAAUGGCUGCGCAGAAGGCAUCUAAGCAAGAGCUGGAGACAGAGCUGGACCGGCUGAAGCAGGAGCUCCGCUAUGUGGAAGACGACUUGUAUCGCACCAAGAACACACUGCAGAGCCGGGUUAAGGACCGGGAAGAAGAAAUUCAGAAGCUCCGGAACCAGCUCACCAAUAAGACCCUGAGCCACAGCAGCCAGUCCGAGUUGGAGAACCGCCUGCACCAGCUGACGGAGACACUGAUCCAGAAGCAGACCAUGCUAGAGAACCUGAGCACCGAGAAGAACUCCCUGGUCUUCCAGCUGGAGCGGCUGGAGCAGCAGGUGCGCGCGACUGCAGGCAGCACCAGCAGCGGCUCCUCCAUUAACAUGUCUGCAUUGGACAGCGGUGAAGCAACACGUCUGCGAAAUGUUCCAGUUCUCUUUAAUGACACAGAAGCUAACUUGGCAGGAAUGUAUGGGAAAGUUCGUAAAGCUGCGAGUUCCAUUGACCAGUUUAGCAUCCGCCUGGGCAUCUUCCUGCGGAGGUACCCCACUGCCCGCGUGUUCGUCAUCAUCUACAUGGCUUUGCUUCACCUCUGGGUCAUGAUUGUCCUCCUGACGUACACGCCGGAAAUGCACCACGACCAGCCAACCGGCAAAUGACGGCAGCCCCGUUGUCUCAGCCACAGCUUGUCUCCCUCUAGACAGGAACCCCCGGGACAGCCAGCUGCCUGACCCGGGGAGGGUGUGCACAGUGGAUUGCAUCACUACAAGCCUUUGACUGUCUAAGUUAUUACCCAAGGAUUCCACUAUUAAAUGUUCCCCUUGUUUCUUUCAAGUGUGAACUUCUAAAACAGACAGUAAUUAAUCAGCUCAGCUCUGCGUUUCUGAGUUCAGUGUAUGUGUGUGUGUGUGUGUGUGUGUGUGUGUGUGUGUGUGUGUAGAGAGAGAGAGAGAGGGAGACAGACACAGAGACCCAGAGAGAGAUUGAGCUGGUUCACCUGUGUACAGACCUUCCUGGAUUUCAGGUCAUACUGAUUAUGGGUUACUAAUCAGGGCAACUAAUUGUACUUAAAAUAAUAAGUCUGCUCUUUUGAUAAUCCAUUUGGCUUUUAUAUACAUCUAGCUCAGCAGGUGGAGGUGUGCGUUUCACAUGGUAGAGGCCUGCUUGGCAUGAAUCCUGCAAAUGCAUAAAUAAACUUGUGCAUUUCUCUUUGUUUA